UGGGGAUAUUCUUCAACCUGGUGUUGGCGGCGUUUGACAAGGACGUGUGAUUACCGGCGACUCCAGCCACUGUGCGGAAGCAUGUAGCUUUCGAUCGCCUGACGGAACAUAUCGUGCGCCUAUCUUCACGAAGAAUGAUCAAGGCAAUCGCAUCAGCAAAGCGUAGCUAUUCCGGAACAUUCGGAAAACUGACGAGCAGCCAUCGACCCUGCUCCAUAUGAUCGCUGCCAGUCAUUUGAAAUGCAUCUUGGCAGAAGAUUACACAGAAACGAAUAGCGAUAUCGCUAGCGUUGAUUGGACAUGGCGUCUGUGGAUGCGUGUAAUCUGUGCUCGUGCAAUGGAAGGUCUCGUUCUUAGCAAUGGAAGUAAAGGUCUCUUGGUGAACUGCGCAGAAGUAUACGGCCGAUCCCCAACCUUGGCGCAUCAUGAACGCACAAAGAUUAAACCAAGUGUUCAAUACCACCUUACUUCAUCACACCGCAAAUACGCAAACGUUGACCUGUUUGUCGUGAAAGAAGACAAACAUUACCAAGCUUGAACUUGCCACAAAAACGAUCAAUGCCCUGAUCACGUCAUUG